AUGCAACGAUCUGGAGGCAGACCUAAAAGACUUGCAAUCGGAAGAAUACAGACGGAGCACAUCAAUUUCGACGAAAGAAAACAUGCAAAAGAGUUAGCUCAAUUCCAGAGACAAGUGGCCGCACGUAUCAAUAAGAGGAAGUACAAUGAUGAUAUUGGGCAGUACGGAGUCGAAGUGUUUCAAAAGGCAGAACACUUACUUCAACGAACAAAUCUUAUAGAAGCGACAAUAACAUCACUAUCAGCAGUAUCAGAGAGAAUCAGUGACCUACCAACACCAGCACAACACGACAGUAUCACCGAAACCACACCACGACUAACCAGGGCCAAACGUCGCACCGCGGCCAAACGAGCUUGGUACAAACGGAAAAAGUAG